CUUCGGAAAGAACAGAAGAACAAGCUGCGCAGCGGUGCUGCGUGAGGAAACAAAAUGGCGAACACCGGCAGAGUGACAGCGGAUAGAGACAUGAUGCGCUAUGCGGAAUAUUCUACUCAAACACAUCCUAAGAGUGACGCGGAAAUAGACCGACGGCUGGGUAGGACGCUGAUCGCAGUCGGUCUCGGUGUGGCCGCGGCAGGUUUUGCAGGUAGGUUCGCCUUCCAGCUGUGGAAGCCUCUCGGUCAGGUCGUCUCUGAAACUGUCAAGAAGAUGCCCACAUCUGCGUUCUCAACCUACUACAAGGGAGGUUUUGAUCAGAAGAUGUCUAAACGAGAGGCCAGUCUCAUUCUUGGCAUCAGCCCAGGUAGCACAAAGACCAAGGUACGUGACGCCCAUCGGAGGAUCAUGGUCCUGAACCACCCAGACAAAGGUGGUUCACCAUUUCUUGCUGCUAAGAUCAACGAGGCGAAAGACCUCCUGGACAAGGAAUCUCGGCGAUGACACCACUUCCAUUGUCUCCACUGUCACUCAUUAGCUCAGCCCUGGGGCUCCUUACAUCAACACCACACAUGGAUUUCCUUUGCAGCUCCUAGAAGAUGGAAAUGGAUCAUAAGCGAGUUACAUAAAUUGUCUUGACUGUGACAAAGAUGUGAACACGUGACUAGGAGAUGAUGUACAGAUGUAACCUAGUGGAUACUGUUGUACAGGGUUUGCAGUUCCAGUAUGUUGAUAUAAGUGUAUGUUUGUGAAAAGGUGACGCGUUCCAUACCAAUGCAAACUAUUUAAUAAGAAUAAUAAUAACAUUAACAGUUACAGGAAGGGGAACAUAGUUUUAUAAAUAAAGAUCCUUUGGAUACAGUA